CGCCAAACGACACCACGUGCCCCAAAGACCACUUAAGUAGCAGCGCAACCACGAGAACCACCGACCCUUGCGGGUAAUAAACGUAACCGAGGAAACUCCACCUCGGACACCCCAACCCCCCUAGAAAAGAACGCAGAAUGGCCCUACCCGACCUGAGCCUAAUGCCAAACCCGCUACCCGGCUUCGGUAGCGGAGCCCCUGCCAAACCCGCUAUCAGAGUCCCCGCGACCCAAACCCCCCCUACAACCCCGGGCAUAAACAUGGACAGUAGCGGCCUGACAGAGGAAGUCCAGCCAUCCCAACUCCGGGUCUCAGAGAAAGAAUUCUCAGCCACACCCGAGCCCCAACAAACCCGCGAAGCGAAGAUCACCCCAGCAUCCGGCCCUUUUGACACGCCCGACGACACCGAAGUCAGCUACAAUGCCCGCCCACUCCCAGCCGACUUCGACUAUAAGGUCCUCGGUAUGCACAGCCCACACCUCCGCCUGAACGUAACCGAUGAAGCCUGCGAAGCUUGGAACCAAGCCAACGAACACGCAGUUAUCAUUAUCCCUCUCUACAUGGCGUUCUCCCUCACGAAAAUGCAAGAGGCAAAAGACCAUGCCUCCACCUUCAUUAAAAGAGCGUUCCCAGACUCAGCAGAAACACUUAGCACCAUACCGGCUGCCAAUGCGAUUGAUGCCCAGGGAGACGACCCCCUCCCCUGGGGUAUCAUGAUCGAUGGCUUGACACUCUGCGAUGCCGCAAUGCUCCUCUACCACCAAUUCUGGCUCUCCAAAGCAUUCAGCUUUGUGGCGCACCCAGCCUCCGAGUUCACCUCCGACUGGAUUGGAAACUGGGCGUUCGCAGCCACGGCCAGAGACCGCACGGCCGUCCAAACGUGCCUAAAAACCACCCUGAACCGCCCCUCCUCGAAAAUUGGGAAAUACCUUGUCGAAAAUGUCCCCGACAACUACGAACGUCUAACAAUAAUCGACUCAGCACGAGUAAGACCUCUGACAGUCACCACCCACGGCACCACUGCAACCCACUGGACGUUCCUAGUCAAGUCCCCACACCCCGAAGACAUCGUGAAGCACGGCCACUGGAUUGAAGCAGCAGAAGCCACAGUCUGGUACCACCCAGCCAUCGCGAAAGGAGCCAAAAGGAACCCCCCCAAGCCAUGUAGAUGCUGCAAAGGCCGCGACCACUCGACACUCCAGUGCCCACUCACGGAACUCCCCUUCUGGAAAGAGAUCACCAACCCAGACAAACCAGACGACGCCGUGAGAGCCAACACAGACAUUUCCCUGGCCACCGAGCUAAGCGGCCACCAGAGCAUGGCGAGAGAAGAAACCCACACACACCACAGAGGUAGGGGGAUGGGACGCGGAAACUACAGAGGCAGACCAGCAAGGCUUAGGGGCCCACGCGGCAGACACCCUUCCAGCACAAGAGGUAGAUACAUCAUGUAAUCCCCCACCCUAG